UACUAUGGUAAUAGGGGCCUAAAUAGGUAGCUAUAGUCUGACCUCCCAAUGUCAUUCACUGGAGGGGAUCAGGGGGUGAGGGGUGGAGAAAGCAGACCAUGCAGGAAUCUUUGGGUGGAAUCCCAAAGUUUGUGUGAUGCUGGAGCUCUGACUAUGGAUUUGGUUUCCAAAGCUGUACAGAGGAUUUAGGUGCCCAGUUUCUAUACAUUUUAAUAGAAUACGACUAACAUAUAUCCUCUCCCGAAAUCCCAACUCUCUAGAAAUAACCCCCACUCAUUUCUCUUCUCUCCUCAGACACCUCACUCUUAAAUUCCAGUUGUAUUUGUGCUAAUAUAAUUAUGAUCCCAACAACAUAGUCUCAGGGUGAAGGGGUUGUAGUGGUGAUGGCUUGGUGGGGAGGCCCAUCCUAACAGUUUCCCUCUUUCCCUAGCCCAAGGAUGUCGGAGUUGGAGAAAGUCUUCUGUAAAUUUGCCACGUAUGGUGACACGGCUGCCACUGGCAAGGAUAUGACGGGCAAGAACUUCUCCAAGAUGUUGAAAGAUUGUGGUGUGAUGGACGGGAAGGCCGUGACUAGCACUGAUGUCGAUAUUGUGUUCAACAAAGUCAAGACCAAAGGCGCACGCACCAUCAACUUUGCUGAGUUCCAGCAGGCCAUGAAGGAGCUGUGUGGCAAGCGGUUCAAGGGCAAGUCUCCUGAGGAAGCCCUGCAGGCUGUAUAUGCACUGAUGGAGGGCAAGGAACCAGCCAAUGUGGGUGUAACGAAAACCACCACAGCUGGUGGGGUUGAUAGACUGACAGACACCAGCAAAUACACAGGCUCCCACAAGGAACGGUUUGAUGAGAGCGGCAAGGGGAAAGGGAUAGCUGGCCGUGAAGACGUGACUGAUGGCAGUGGCUAUGUUGGGGCCUACAAGGGAGCUGGCACCUAUGACAAGAAACACUAGAGCUGGCACUGCACCUUAGGGAGCCCGACACCCUGUCCUCUCCUGUAACCUAGGAAGGAGGCCAUUAAACAUCUCAUGCUUAUUGCACCCUGGCUUUUUUGUGUGUGUGUGUGUGUGUGUGUGUGUUAUUUCUGGGGGAAUACUGU